UUCACUGAGCGGAGUCUAAAAUCGGUCAGGACUCGGGUCUAGUUUUGGAAAACUUUCCACCUCAACGACGCUUUUUGGGGCACUACCACUGUGAGGAAUACGGUCUCACUUCAGUUGUCAUCUUGCAAACACUGGAGGAGUAAACUUAUUUAUUUUUUUCUUCAAAUGGGAAUUACAUGCGCGCGUGAAACUUUGGCUCACUUUUCUCCUCAGUGACUCUGGGACCUUCUUCGCUCGAAACAUGCCGGAGCGAAUAAGCAUUUCGGACUUCGUGGUCCUGACUAACGAGGAUUUGUCUUCGCCGGGGACUUCAAGUUUUCAGUCCAAAAUGAGCGACUGUAGGAACACGGUUUCAACCGUGGAGGAGUCUCUGGAGAUGGAUCACACAACUCUGCAGAGGAUGAAGAAGAUGAUCAAAGCUAUACACACAUCUGGACUCUCCCAUGUGGACAACAAGGAGCUGUAUAUCGAGGUGCUGGAGAACCUGGGGAAUAGUCACCUGACCCAGGACAACAACGAAGUCUCCACAGGUUUCCUCAACCUGGCUGUGUUCACCAGAGAGGUCACAGCCCUCUUCAAAAAUCUGGUACAAAACCUCAAUAACAUCAUGGCGUUUCCUUUGGAAAAUGUACUGAAGUCAGAGCUCCGGGACAGCAGACUAGAGCUCAAGAAACAGAUGGAGAAGAGCUGGAAGGAGUACGACAUAAAAAUAGGAAAGCUAGAGAAGGAGAGGAAGGAGAAGACCAGGCAGCUGGGGCUGAUCAGGACGGAGGGAUCUGACGGCGGGGAGGACAUGGAGAGAGAGAGGAGGUCCUUUCAGCUGCAAAUGUGUGAGUAUCUUUUGAAGAUCCAGGAGCUGAAGGUGCGUCAGGGCCCUGAUCUUCUCCAGAGCCUCAUCAAGUAUUUCCAGGCCCAGCUCAGUUUCUUUCAGGAUGGGCUGAAAGCUGCAGAGAAUCUCUCUCCCUUUAUCGAGAAGCUUGCUGCUUCUGUGCACACGGUGCGUCUGGACCAGGAUGAGGAAGUAAAACAACUCACUCAAUUGAGGGAUUCUCUCAGAUUACUUCUCCAAGUGGAGGGGAAAGAGGAGUAUAUGAACAGGAAGAACUCUGGCAAUGGGUACAGCAUCCACCAACCACAGGGCAACAAAAAGUAUGGGACAGAGAAAUCUGGCUUUCUGCUCAAGAAGAGUGAUGGCAUCCGGAAGGUGUGGCAGAAGAGAAAGUGCGGAGUCAAAUUUGGCUGCCUGACCAUUUCCCACAGCACGGUGAGGACACGUGGACAAACGACAACUGUUACCAAGCAUCUGUCAAUUGAAUUAUGUCCAAUUUUUUCAACACAUGCUGACAUAGGUGUGUGUGUCUGUCUUCAGAUUAAUCGACCGCCUGCCAAAUUGAACCUACUGACCUGUCAGGUGCGACCAGACCCAGAGGACAGGAGGAUCUUUGACCUGGUCACUCAUAAUCGGACCUACCAUUUUCAGGCAGAAGAUGAGCAGGAAUGUCUGAUUUGGGUGUCAGUGCUGCAGAACAGUAAGGAGGAGGCCCUGAACACAGCACUGGGAGGAGACCAGCUCCACCUCCAGGACAGCGGGCUCCAGGAACUUUCCCGAGCCAUCAUCGCUGAGCUUCGACACAUGCCCGGCAACGAGGCCUGUGCUGACUGUGGGGCUCCAGAUCCAACUUGGCUGUCAACCAAUCUUGGUAUUCUGACCUGUAUCGAGUGCUCUGGGAUCCACAGAGAGCUGGGUGUCCACUACUCCAGGAUCCAGUCUCUCACUCUGGACCUACUGAGCACAUCAGAGCUCCUGUUGGCUGUCAGUAUUGGCAACACCAGAUUCAAUGACAUCAUGGAGGCUGGCCUUCCAAAUGAUGCUGUCAAACCACUGCCACAAAGUGACAUGAAUGCCAGAAAGGAGUACAUUGUGGCAAAAUACGCUGAGCGGCGGUACGUCCUACGUAGAGAAGAAGCAGAUCCCGGACGGCUGUAUGACGCCGUGAGGAGUCGGGACCUCACUUCUCUUCUGCAGCUCUACGCUGAGGGAGCAGACCUGGUCAAUCCACUCACACUGCCCGAUGGACAGGGGAUCAGAGAGACAGCUCUUCAUCUUGCUGUGCGUCUGGAGGAAAGAAGCUCUCUGGCGCUGGUCGAUUUCCUCUGCCAGAACAGCAACUGUCUGGAGAAAAGAACGGCAGAGGGAAACACAGCUCUUCAUUACAGUGUCCUGCAUUACAAGCCUGAGUCUCUCAAGUUACUGCUAAAAGCAAAGGCAGCACUACACACAGUGAACUCAGCAGGAGAGACUGCCCUCGAUAUCGCCAGGAGGCUGCAGCACACAAAAUGUGUCGAUCUGUUGGAGCUGGCCCAGAGUGGGAAGUUUAACUCUCAGAUCCAUGUGGAGUUCAUGUGGGAGACUCAGUCUCAGGAGUUCUAUGACAGUGAGGAUGACCUGGAUGAGAGGGUGAGCCCAUUGCCCAAAAACCGCUCUCCAUUGCCCUCCAAUGGAGGUGGUGGAUCGUCCUUUGCCCGCUGGAGUGUGGCUAAUGCUUGUAUAGGCAGCAGGCCCUGUCAGACUUAUGAAAAUCUGGACUUCCUGUACAGAAAUCCUCCUGCCAACAGUGCCCCCUCUGGAGCAUUAGGACCACCACCACUGCCAGCUAAAUCCAUCCAAAGAGGUCGCUCAGACCCCCAGAUUUCGGUCACAACACAGGAAGGAAACCCCAUUCCAAGACGUUGCUCUAACCCACCCUCCCACUCCUCAAGUCCCCAGACACAGGCGAGACACAGCCCUCCCUCACCCAACACAGAGAACCUAGGCCAAGGUGGGAGACCCCCUAGGUCUCCCCUCGGACAUGGAGGUCUGCUCAGGGGACAGAGGCAGACCUGCGAGAACCAAGCUGGUGCUAGUUCUGGGUCUCAAAGCAGUGUCACGUCAACAUCCUCUCAGAAUCACAUAGGACCUGUCAGUUCAGAGAAGACCACAUCGUAUCGUCGGACCAGCAGUGGCGGAGGUAACCAGGGGAAAUGUAGUGUGUUGUCUCAGAGCUGUGUGGGCAGCCAGGAGGAGCUGUACUGCAGUUUAUUGGGGAAUAGUUCGGCCCUCACCCCUGCUCCUGCUCCUGCUCCAGCCCCGUCAUCAUCACCUACCGUGACCUGUGCCCCUCGACCCCGCAGGAACGCUAUGGUUUCUGGCAGCAGGCCACAUCAGAAGCGUGUCAAGGCUUUGGUGGACUGCCGAGCAGUCAGUUCAGAGCAGCUUGCUUUUUUCAAGGAUGAGAUCAUAGUGGUCACAGCCACUAAUGACAUCCACUGGUGGGUUGGUCACAUAGAGGGGGAACCAUCCAGGAGUGGGACCUUUCCCGUCAACUAUGUACACAAACUGACAGACUGAAGGACGUGGAAAUAUGAAAGUACUGUAUAGUAACAUACUAGAGGAACUGAACCAGCAUCGGAUGCUUACUGGAACUUUAUCAUCACACAGUGGAUUUUAUCUACAGGAGAGGACAGUGUUAUUCUCCUGGAUCCAACUCAAACUCGAGCUUUUGAGCAAACUGAGAAUAACUCCUCAUGAGGAUGAGAGAAGCCAUGGGAUACCUGAGGAUAUAAAUGACACUGUUUUAGGGAUUGUACCUGUUAACAUUUAAUCAUCCUGGGAACUAACAAGGGAAGGUUCAUAAAGCCUUUUAUUCCAAAGACAGUGUUUUAUCCCGUUGGCCUAUCCUUGGUUUUCUAACUGCUACAUGUUUCUAUAGAACCACAAUUAUUAAGUACACAUUCAUUUGUGGUUUGGGAAACGGCUCUAAUGUCCAUAUAACCAUUAAUUACACAGUAUAUUGCAAAUGUGGUGUCUAGAUCAGUACCUAGAGGCAAAACUUACCUGCAGGGGAAAACCCUAUAAGGCACUUUAAACUCACUGAGAGGAGUUGGCAGAGCUGUAAGCGUGUACCUAGCCAGCUGCUGUAUACGGAUAUAGCUGCUUUUUGUUCUGAACGGAAACCGUUCAGUCUUUUAAAUCACAGUACACUGAGAGAUGGGAUGUGAGCUUCAAACCUGCCCAGUGUCUGUUGCAACCUGCCCUGGGAAUCUGAAAAUGGCUUUGUGCCUGCCAGCCUGUCUCCAAUAAAACGCCAGGCGUCUGGGCAGCCAGAGUAGAGAUCUGAAACUUUAGCUCAGCCAUCUUGACUCUGGGCAAGGCUUACCGCCUGCACAAAGAAAGAGGAGGAUCCAGUUUCUUCUGGCUCCAGGCAUCUGUCUCUGGAGAACCUGGUAUAACAACGGUGUGUUAGGGAAAAAAAAAAGACUCUCUGUUCUACCAGGAAAUGGCACUUAAAGAGGGCUUGUUAGUAGCACCACCCCACUGCAGUCAUUUGUUCACUGAACUCACAGUUAGUUACUGUAGGCACGUGUGUAUCACAUCAGAUAUACACAAGCUCACUUGCACUUAGUGUACACACAGAUUAUCUUCCAGGAGUGAGGAACCUUUAGGUAAGAGAGUUGGGAGUGGGAGAGGUGCAACUGCUCCACUUUUUAAAACCCAGUAACAAAUACCCAAGUGUAACACAUUUCACAGCUAUUCCACACAAUUUGUUGUACAUACUUGUCUAAAAAUGUCCUCUAAUGUGUACAGUGUAUAUCAUGUUUUUUAAUCUGUUAUGCAUUAUAAACAAUUGUAUCAUUACAGAUAGUGUUACUUCAUGUUGCUAACUUGAUGCCAUGUGUCCUCUGUUCUGUUUAAUCAGUUAACUAAAUGACUGUCAGAGCAAGAGAAGGGAAUGGACACAGUUGCAUAAUCGGUGUUAAGAAAGGAUCCAGUCUCGCCAAACUGAAAACAAACACUGACAGGGAGAAGUAAAGGCAGUCAGGCAGCAGGCGUUCACUUCCUUUGAAUCAUUCCUGAGUUUAAACCAACUGGUGAGGAGUCUCUUUGCCCGUCACUGUUUCUGCUGAUAUUGUCUUGUCACAGUGUUGACCAUUAAGCAAAUGGAAUCACAAGACAGUCGUCUGAUGUGUGAGGCAGUGGAUGACUGCAUUAGACUACAACUGUAAGUAGGAACUCAGUCAAAUGUAAACAGUACCGUAGCUCAUUUUAGUGAGUAUAUUUUAACAUACACAUUAAACAUGUCUGAUAAAGUGUCAUAGAGUCUUCUAUAGUGUAAACUAGGUGAUAUCGUUACUUCUGUUGUGAGUUGAAUGGAGUAAUGUAGUGUCUAAGCCAGAGAGCUAAUGCAGACCAAAGGUACUGAGUCCUUUAUACAACCACACCAGUCUUAAAUUAUUUAGCCAGUGUCAGCACAUAUAAAACCUAUUUCCUAGUAAUGUGUUAUGUAACACCUAAUGUGACAGGGGUUUACUGGCUAUUACUUCCUUCUGCACACUUGUAUAGCACAGUAUGUUGAAAAACAAAUGGCUGAAUAUUGUCACUUCUGGAUGACAAAUUUAGCUGCAUUGUAUGAUAAUUGAUGAUGAUGAGUUUGCCUAGUGUUUAAUACCUGGAGUUCAAUAAUUCAAAAUCCAUAGACUCAAACUAAUUCACAAGCUUUAAUUAAAUUAAAAGAGACUUUCCAAGUCAUAGCAUCUAUACCAUCUGUAUAUAUUGGUUCAAUUCUAAAAGUAUGUGAGUUUGAACGGGGGAUUGCUAAAAAGAGCAUUGCUGUCUUGCUGGCUUGCUGGCUAAAUGGCCUUUCUGGAAUUGAACUUAUUUGACAGUUGCAUUUUCACUUCUCCCUGUCAUUUCUGACAUCAUUUAUUUUAAACUCCUACCCUUUAUGCCUCCCUAAAGCUAAAUCUCUCCGUCCGUCUCUCUUGGCAGUCUUCCCUGCACCUCUCCAUCCUUCCAGCCUCAUUUCGCCUCCAUCCGGAUGUUACUUAGCCCUGACCCUCCGUCCCGAAGCCAGGAUGAUGAAAUUCCAACCUGUCACUUACAUAACCGGCCACCUCUAACAGCCAAGAUAAUGAUGCUGCAUGCCACGGCCUAUUCUCCUUUGCCAACUGAGUAGCCCAUACAUACAAACACUUCCUCCCAUUAGGCCCAUCUGCCUGUACUAAUGCAUACAGCGUAUACAAGAAGCACUUUGUGAAAUGUUAUUUUUAAAACAUACUGUAUAGUUAAUGUAUUCAUUCACUAAUGCUGUCAUCCAUUUUAUGUGUAUUCAUACACAUACACACACAGACCGACACUGUGCACAAAAAUAAUAAUGCAAUGAGCACACUGUGGAAUAUAAUAGUAAACCAUGAAAUGCAGAGUAAAGCCUGCACUAAUCUCUAGAUUUAUAUCAUUCCUGGGUGGAAGAGAAGUGUGGUUUUGGUGCGUUAUUACCAUUUUUUUUGUGCAAGUAUGUCAACUUUG